AUGUCGGGCGGACACCUGUCGAAGGAGUGCUUCGAGCUCGUCAAGUCCAUUGGCGAGAGCAAGUCGAAGCAGGAGGAGGACCGCAUCAUUCUCCAUGAAGUGGCGCUGCUCAAGCGCAAGCUGAACGAAGUGACGGCGUCGUCCAGCACGUCCAGCAGCCUCGUGAACAAGCGCAAGCGCGAGUUCCUCAUCCGCCUCAUGUACGUGGAGAUGUUGGGCCACGACGCGUCGUUUGGCUACAUCAAAGCCGUCGAGAUGACGGCGAGCACGAACCUCAUGCAGAAGCGCGUGGGGUACCUCACGUGCAGUCUGUGCCUGUCGCCCACGCACGAGUUCCGGUUCAUGAUCAUCAAUCAGUUGCAACGGGACCUCCAGAGCUCCAACCACCUCGAAGUCUGUGCAGCGCUCAUGGCGGUGUGCAAACUCGUGACGGUCGAGAUGGUGCCAGCAGUGCAGCCCAUGAUCCUCGACCUCCUGCGCCACGACGCCGAGCUCGUUCGCAAAAAAGCUGUGAUGGCGAUCCACCGCUUCCACCAGCUGAAUCCAGAGUCCGUCACGGACGUUGGCGUCGCGCUGCGUCGCACGCUUUGUGACCGCGACCCGAGUGUCAUGGGCACGACGCUCUGCAUUUUGCAUGAUCUGGCCGAAGCGACGCCCACGGACCACAAGGACCUGGUGCCUAGUUUUGUCAGCAUCCUCAAGCAAAUCACCGAGCACCGACUGCCUCGAGAAUUUGACUACCACCGCAUCCCAGCGCCGUGGAUCCAGAUUCGUCUGUUGAAGAUUUUGGCAUUGCUGGGCCAGGCGGACCAGCAAACCAGCGAGGGCAUGUACGAAGUGCUGCAUGAUGUCAUGCGCCGGGCUGACACUGGCAUCAACGUCGGGUAUGCGAUUAUCUACGAAUGCGUGCGGACGGUGACGACUAUCUACCCGAACAGUACGUUGCUGGAUGCAGCAGCCGCCAGCAUCUCUCGUUUUAUUUCGAGCGAUAACCAUAACCUGAAGUACCUGGGCGUCACAGGACUUGCAGCAAUCGUGAAAGACCACCCGCGGUAUGCUGCUGCACACCAGAUGGCAGUGAUUGACUGUCUCGAAGACCCCGACGAAACAUUGAAGCGCAAGACGCUGGAUCUACUGUACCGCAUGACAAAUCCUGUGAAUGUCGAGUUCAUCUCGGACAAGCUCACCCAGUUUCUUCGUGAAGCUACGGAUGUUUUUCUUCGCACGGAACUUGUCUCGCGUAUCACGCAAUGUGCUGAACGCUAUGCGCCAAGCAACGCAUGGUAUAUCCAGACUAUGACGAAUGUAUUCGAGUUAGGUGGCGAUCUUGUGCGCUCUGAGGUAGCACACAACUUGCUGCGUUUGAUUGCAGAGGGAAGCGGUGAAGAUGAAGACCAGGAUGUGGAACUGCGCCGCGAUGCAGUGGACACGUACCUCGAACUGCUGGAACGCCCAGUGCUACCUGAUAUCCUCGUCUGCACCAUGGCCUGGGUCCUUGGCGAGUAUGGCUACUUGUCGGACGCGAUGGAGCUCGAGGAGAUCUGCGAACGCCUUGUCGAGCUAGUUGAUCGCCCAUUUAAUCAAGAAGACACCACUCGUGGCUACGUACUUUCGGCAGUGACGAAGAUCACCGCUCAAAUGGGACACACUAUUGAUGUAGCGGACGCUAUGAUGGAGAAGUACAAAACGAGUCGCAGUACGGACCUGCAACAACGCUGCUUUGAGUAUCUCGCGCUCACGAAGAACUUCCCCCUGAUGAACGAGGUGUUCCCGGAAGACGCGAGCUGUGAAGACAUUGAGGUUGACCCCGACCUCUCCUUCCUUACGAGUUUUGUCGAGAAGGCCGUUGCUCAGGGCGCAUCACUGUAUGACCCGCCCGAGGAUUCGGAUGACGAAGACGAGAGCUAUGGUCAUCGUCGCAAUGGCGGCGAAUCGAACCGACUGAACUUCGAGGCAUACAAGAAGCCUGAAAUUCCGUAUCCGACCAAGCUUCCACUUGUGGACCAGCAAGGAUCGUUCGGGGUCAACAAGUGGGGUGGCAAUGGGGGCCAGGGCGGCGCGCCCGGCAUGGGCAGUUCUGCUGGCCCAGACCCUGUUGGAGGCUUCGGUGCUGGAAAGCGCGGAGUUGUCAAAAACGUGUGGGGCCCUAUGGGUCUGACAACGCCCGACAACCUCGCACCUGCUCCACCUGGAGCUGGCAUACCAGUGGGCACUGGCCCGUCCGAUCCGUACAACCAAGGUGGCCAGGGUAUGUAUGGGGGACAAGGUGGCUAUGGCGCGCAGCCUGCCUAUGGCGGCCAGGGGCCAUACCCUCCCCAGUCUUCUCAACAACCACCGCAGCAACAGCAAGAGUAUGCUGGUUCCAGCAACUACGAUAACGACGAGCCCUCGAGCGAUGACGAAGCGAGUGGCAACGUCGACGAGCGGCAGAUGCUAGCUUCGGCUAUCUUUGGCGGCAUUCCCGGUGCACCGGCUCCAAUGGCCGGGGCUCGACGCGUCGGGUCGAACGCACGCUCCACGAUUACUGCCACUCGUCGAACAAGUCGUACUUCCACGCGUCGUGCAUCGAGCCGGAGCGACCAGCAGCAGCAGCAGGAUCCUCCAGCGCAAGCCUCAAUGGAACAAGCUCCGCCUCCACCACAACAGCGCGCGAAGGUCGAAAUGGAUCUGCUUGAUAUCUCAUUUGGCGCGCCCGCAGCUCCACAAGGAUCAGUUGCGUUCCAGCAGCCGCUAGCGCCACUACAGCAUCACCAGCCGCAGCCAAUGACACCGCUGCAGCAGCAUCAGCCGCAGCCCAUGGCACCGCUACAGCAGCAUCAACAGCACCAACAGCAGCAGCAGCCGAUGAUGAACGCAGACCCGUUUGGAAUGGGCCCACCACUUGCACCCGCGCGUGUUCCCGAAGGUGUCUCGCCAGCUGCUUCUAUCGAUCCUUUCGACAUGUCGGGACUUGGCUCUAGCAUGAAUGGAAGAAGCCCUGCCAAUAGUUUGGAUAUGCUCGGCGGCAGCAGCAACAGCAACACGGGCGCUUUCCUGUACAACGGCCGGCAGCUGGAGCCCUGGCAGAUCACUACGCAGGACUUCGGUAGUCGCUGGGGCACCUGCCCGUGCGAGAAGAAGACAAAGGUGAACCCGAGCGGCAUUCGCACCCUCGAGGACUUUAUGGGUCGCAUGCACCUGUUCAAGGUGCACACGGUCGAAGCCAUUCCGACAACGAACGAAGCGAUUGCAGCUUGCCGUCUGGUGAACUCGGAGCACGUGGGAUUGAUCCACGUAAAGGUCCGGAGUGGCGGCUUUGUGGACCUGACGGUCCGCACGGCUGACAUGGACUUUACGGACCAGCUCCUGGACGCCACAGCCCAGCGACUGAAAUAA